ACUUUCACUUUUGUAUGCUUAUUGUAAAACAAUUUUUUUUUGAUUGAGAAUGAAGAAAAAAAUUAUUCAAUUCAAGCACAUUUCGCGCAGGCUACUUGUCAUUCCGCGCACUUUUUUGGUGGUAAAAGUAUAUACAGAAGAUCUCACGGCCCAGCUUAAAAUUGUGGAUGGUACAAAUUGUUAAGAAACCCUUGGGCUAACGCUGGAAUAAUAAGUUAUGUGUGGACAAUCCUUAGUUUAAUCCCUUAGAAUUAAAAUUUUUAAUAAAAGUCUGUCUGCAGUGGUUAACGUUUAGUCAGUGUUUUUGUUAAGUACCUAUUUUUCAAACUUAAAUAUUUUCGGGUUUAUUGCUGAGUAGAACCUUCACUUUUGUAUGUUUAUUGUAAAAGAAUUUUUUUUUUAUUGAGCAUGACGGAAAAAAUUAUUCAAUUCAAGCACAUUUUUUGCAGGCUACUUCAGUCAUUCCGCGCACUUUUUUGUUGGUAAAAGUAUAUACAGAAUUUCUCACGGCCCAGCUUAAAAUUGUGGAUGGUACAAAUUGUAAAGAAAGCCUUGGUCUAACGCUGGAAUAUAAGUAAUGUGUGAACAAUCCUUAGUUAAAUCCCUAUGAAUUAAAAUUUAUAAUAAAAAUCUGGCUGCAGUGGUCCAUGAUUAGUGAGUGUUUUUUUCCAGGUACUUAUUUUUCAAACAUAAAUAUUUUCUGGUUUAUUGCUGAGUAAACCCUUCAAUUUUGUAUGCUUAUUGUAAAACAAUUUUUUUCUUGACUGACAUUGAAGAAAAAAAUUAUUCAAUUCAAGCUCAAAUUUGCGCAGCUGUCUUCAGUCAUUCCGCGCACUUUAUUGUUGGUAAAAGUAUAUACAGAAUUUCUCACGGCCCAGCUUUAAAAUGUCGAUAUUACAAAUUGUAAAGAAAGCCUUGGUCUAACGCUGGAAUAAAACGUUAUGUGUGGACAAUCCUUAGUUUGAUCCCUAUGAAUUAAAAUUUAUAAUAAAAAUCUGGCAGCAGUGGUCCUAGUUUAGUUAGUGUUUUUUUAAAUACUUAUCUUUUAAACUUAAAUAUUUUCUGGUUUAUUGCUGAGUAGAACCUUCACAUUUGUAUGUUUAUUGUAAAACAAUUUUUUUUCUAUUGAGCAUGACGGAAAAAAUUAUUCAAUUCAAGCACAUUUCGCGCAGACUACUUCAGUCAUUCCGCACACUUUAUUGUUGGUAAAAGUAUGUACAGAAGAUCUGACGGCCCAGCUGAAAUUUGUGGAUGGUACAAAUUGUUAAGAAAACCUUGAGCUAACGCUGUAAUAAUAAGUUAUGUGUGGACAAUCCUUAGUUUGAUCCCUAUGAAUUAAAAUUUAUAAUAACAAUCUGGCUUCAGUGGUCCAUGAUUAGUUUGUGUUUUUUUUAAGUACUUAUAUUUCAAACUUAAAUAUUUUCUGGUUUAUUGCUGAGUAGUUAAAAGUAUAUACAGAAUAUCUCACGGCCCAGCUUAAAAUUGUGGAUGGUACAAAUUGUUAAGAAAGCCUUGGGCUAAGGCUGGAAUUAUGUUUUAAUUUCGGACAAUCCUUGGUUUGAUCCCUCUGAAUUAAUACAUACUUAUUGGUUGGUGAGGUUAAUUUUUAGUUAGAAUUUUUUUAAAUUACGUUUAUUUAAACCAAAAAUAUUUUCUGGUUAAAAAAUAUUUUGGACAUUGUUGUUUGUCCUCAAAUUGAAGUUAUUUUUAUUGAUUUCUGUCUUUUUAAUAUUUAAAAAUGUGUCUCAAUAAUCUUGGGUUGAUGUUUUUAAACAGGUUUUUAGUGUAAAACCAUCAUGGAUUCCUACAGUUUGUUUAUGUUGGUGUUGGUCAUAUACAUAUGGAACUUGACCAAGGUGAUGAACACAAUAAUAUAACAUCCAAGGCGGUGUCUAAGCGAAGUGUUAUUAAUUGCCGCUAUUGUAGUAGAAAUACGUGUUUAAAAUGAAAUGGAGUGUGUUAGUUUUGAUGUAAUUAAUAAGUGGUAUGACAUGUUUUUUUUUUGUAUGAUGUUCCACCCAUUUAUGCCAGAUAAAAGAGUUUAUUUUAAACUGACAUUUUGGUAUAACCUAACCAGAACUAUUUAAUUUUUUUUUCGUAGAAGGAACAUUAGCAAUAGUUUGUAAAUAUGAAUGUGGGCGAGAACUUAGAACAGUUGACGAAGAAUUCGGAAACAAAAAAGGAUGGUGUACCAACGGGAGGCAUUACCACCGAAAGCUUUCGUGUUUGUGAACAAGAAAAGAGUGUAACUCCCCCAACAUCGCUGUCAACUUGUACAUCCAAUACCCAGACCAAGAAAAGCUCAUCCUUUCAGAUUACAAGUAUUACAAUUGGAUCACGUUCAAGUAACGAUGGUGGGGAUGAUUCUGCUGACGACCUGGAUGAGUCUCAUACAGAUGACAUGUCUGAUGUUAUUGAUAAUUCCAGGAUAACUGACAUAGAAAAUGAAACGCCAAGCUUCUCGGAAGAUACUUUUUCAAAGGAAGAUGUGUUUUUCAAUCCCACUGGCACAUCUGUUAGUGGUGCGACUGUUAUUCCUACAAGUUCUCAGUAUGGUUUAGCUAUUGUUGGAAAUACUGAAGCACCUACUAGUACUAGUAAUGCUCCGUCUACAACUGUCACAUCUAACACUGUAGGUAGCAGUGAUGUGAGAGUAACUUCAACUGAAACAACAAGGCCAAGUGUAAUGAGUGUACCUAGCAAUACUAAAACAACAGAGCCUCAAACAAAAAAUCCUCCACGUAAUGACCGCUUCAAAGUGGUGAAAAUUGAAAGUACUGAACCAUUUAAACGUGGUAGGUGGACUUGCAUGGAUUAUUUGGAUCACUCGGCAACUCAUCAUUCAGUAAUGAAUAUAAGAUCUACUGAAGUAAUGGAAUCAUUAAUGAGUGGGACAGUGCACUAUGUUGUGGCUGACAUGAAAUCUAAAUACAAAGCAGGGAGUGAUAAUGAUCCAUCAAAAAUUUUACGAAGUCCAAUUUCAGUUGAUUACCAAGCCAUAUCUGCGAUGUUGGGGCAACAGAGAUCACAUUCUGGAAUUUCUGCCUGCCAGACAACUCCAGCGACAUUCUGUCAGAUGUCGUCUGGUCAGAACAUUACACAGCGUGUUCAAACACCCAGUGCACAGCAAGUUAUUCAGCCGCAGACAGUACAACAACUUCGUGCUGCAACAGUGCAGGCUGUCAACCAACAUUUCCAGCAGCAGACUGUGUUUCAAGGCUAUCAGAAUGUAUCAGGGGCUCAACAAGUGAUUCAGAAUGUAUCUCAACCACAAAUGACUCAUGGAAUGACUGCAAGGCCCAACUUACAGCAGCAGAACAUACAUCAGCAGAAUGUACAACAUCAGCAGAAUGUACAACAUCAGCAGCAGCAGCAGCAGCAGCAGCAGCAGCAGCAGCAGCAGAAGAACAUACAUCAGCAGCAGAACGUACAUCAGCAGCAGAACUUACAUCAGCAGCAGAUGCUGCAAAACCAACAGCCCCAGAACAUGCAAAACCCACAGAACCUGCAAAACCAGCAGAACCUGCAAAACCAACAGAACCUGCAAAACCAACAGAACCUGCAACAUCAGCAGCAGAACUUUCAACUCCAGCAGCAGAACUUUAAUUACCAGAAGCAGCAGCAGCAGCAGCAGCAGCAGCAGCAGCAGCAGCAGCAACAGCAACAGCAACAGCAACAGCAACAGCAACAACAGAACCUACAUCAUCAGAGUUUGCAACAUCAACAGCAGGGUUUGCAACAUCAACACCACCAGAGCUUACAACAUCAGCAGCAGAGCUCAAAUCAUCAGAGCUUGCCACAUCAACAGCAACACAACUUACAGCAUCAGCAACAACAAAAUGUACAAUAUCAACAGCUAAGCUUACAUCAGCAACAGCAAAGUUUACAUCAACAGCAGAACUUACAGCACCAGCAGAAUUUACAGCACCAGCAUCAGAACCUGCAACAGCAGAACUUGCAACAGCAGAACUUGCAGCAGCAGAACUUGCAGCAGCAGAGUUUGCAGCAACAGAAUUUACAGCAGCAGAGUUUGCAGCAGCAGAAUUUACAGCAGCAGAGUUUGCAGCAGCAGAAUUUUCAGCAGCACAACUUGCAACAGCAGAAUUUACAGCAGCAGAAAUUGCAACAGCAGAACUUGCAGCAUCAAAACUUGCAGCAGCAAAACUUGCAGCAGCAAAACCUGCAGCAGCAAAACCUGCAGCAGCAAAACCUGCAGCAGCAAAACUUGCAGCAGCAAAACUUGCAACAGCAAAACUUGCAACAGCAAAACUUGCAACAGCAAAACUUGCAACAGCAAAACUUGCAACACCAAAACUUGCAGCAGCAACAAAAUUACAUUCCUCAGCAGAGGCCACAGAUGACACAAACAGUGCUAGUGCAGCAACAGCCAGUCAUGCAGCACAACGUGAUGCUGCAACCACACCAAAUACCUCAGCAGAGGCAGAUGUCACAGCAGUUGAUGCAUCAGCCGAUGGGUUUGCAGCCACAGUUUGCACAGCAACAAAAUCAACUUCAGCCACAAGUGAUUCAGCAACAUCAUAUUCCAGCUCAGCAGCCAGUUCAAGUUCAAUACUAUAUGACACAACCCAACGUGAGUGGUUUCGUGGCACCUUCCUCUGGAAAUGUUCAGUUGUUGCAGCCUGCACAGGUAGUUGUGUCAUCGUACUCUAUAGUCUCGCCAGUGUAUUCCCCUCAGACAUACACAUCAGGUGUACCAGUCUCAAUAUAUCAGGUUGCAGGUAGCAUUGGUGCAGGAUUGCCAGUAGUCGCACAGAAGCAGCUUCCCCAACAAGUGCAACAACGUCCACAGCAGCAGACCAUACCGCAGCAGACUGUACAGCAGCAGAACAUGCAGCAGCCCAGGCAGAAUGUUCCUCAGGUGCAUCACUCACCGCAAGCUGUAGCACAGACGCACAUGCAGGUUCACGUAGCCAACCCUCCACAACACAAUGUGCAGCCCCAGCAGCCCCAGCAGCAGCAGCAGCAGCAGCAGCGUGUCCCUGUCGCAAUGCACAGCCAACAGGCUGUUGCUGCUGCACCAGUGAUAGGUGUCCAGGUACCAGUACAAGUGUGCCCUGUAAUAUCGACACCCGCUCCGAAUCUUGUUCAGCCACCGCACCCGUCCUCAGUUCCGCAGUCUGCGGGUUUCAGGCCCUCGAGUGCCGGCACUGCAGUGCAGAACCAGAGCAUGGCAGCCUGCCAGCAGCAGGUUGCAGUUUCACAGGGAGGUUAUGCACGUCAGCAGAGCGUGCAUGUGGUGGCUCAGCAGCCACAAGGCCCAGUGCAGACGACGUAUGUUCAGCAGCCACAACAGCAACGACAGGUGAUGUCACCACAGUACCAGGCACAGGGAGUCAGUCAGGGGCAGAGGCAGGGAAUGCCUGCAAGCCAGCAGUACAUUAAUGUCGGUGCGACCACAUCUGCCAUCAUUACCAUUGCUGGUGCUGUGGCGCAGACAUACUCGGUUGCUGCCAACACUUCUGCCUUGUCUGCCCACUCAGCCACCAGGCCUGCCCAAGCUGUUGUGGCGCACAAAAACGUUGUAUCGGAGCCAGCCCCUGGCGUGUCACAUUCCAGCAGGGAUCAACCAGCGAAAGCUGCUGAUUCGUUUCCUGACAGUUCUGCUAACGUGGAAUCGCAGCAAGCAUCUGCAGUAUCAGAUGAUGUUGAGAGUGCAUCUGCGACAAAUGCUGUGGCCAUAGAUAACAAGAUUGAGCAAGCUAUGGAUUUGGUGAAAAGCCACCUAAUGUUUGCUGUGCGAGAAGAAGUGGAAGUACUAAAGGAGAAGAUAGCUGAAUUGAUGGAAAGGAUCAGUCAGCUGGAACUGGAAAACUCGUUCUUGAAAGCAAACGCCACACCGGAAACUUUGGCUCAGCUGAGCAACAAUCCCAUACAGACGGGCAGUAAAGUUCCAACACAGACACAUCCUCCAUCAGGGACUGGUUGACUGGCUUCAUCAAUGAGUGGUUGUGAAUCUUGACUAAUCUCUCUACUUUCUGGCAAAAGUAUUUAGAUGCCGGUAGUUUGCUACAUAAAGAUAGCAUAUGGUACCACAGACUUGCUCAUUUUUACAAGAAAAAAUUAGCAUUAUUAGAAUAUUAAGCUUUAUUAAGCUUGAUGAUGAUUUCCUAGUAAGCUUUAAUACAAAUGUUUUAUCUUAGUGUAUGUAAGUGCUUUGCAGAUUUUAUUAUUCUGUAACUAUCAUAACUCUUAAAGAAAAAAAAAAUUAGAUUUCUUCACUUCAAUAUUCAUAGCAAGUUUGAUAUAAAUAAAAAUAAGUAAUGAGAAACUUUAUAUACUGUGCAUCACAGGAGUGCUGACUGUUACAGAUUAAUGAUUGGAGUUUUGCUGAGCCGCUAACUGAUGAAUUUUCUUGACUGCACAGUGUAACAAACUAGCAUUAUGUAGUGUAUAAAGACUGACACAUUUACUGCAACUAAGUAUAUUAUUAUUUAGUUGAAUUCUUUGCUGUUACCGAAAUUAUUAUUUGUUAUGUACUGUAUUAUGAAUUGUUGCUGAUUUAAACUUGCAUUGUUAUCGGUUUUCCGUAUGAGAAUCUCGGUUAAACUCAAGUUUUACUAGCACAUGUAAUUUAUUUCGUCAGAUAUUGAUUUAUUGAGAUGAUAUAAUUUUGUUAAUUUUAUUUAGUAUAGGAUAUUUAUUACAAUGAAAUAAUUUUUAUAUAUACACUUAGUGUCGUUUGUGUGUUUGUUUUCUCAGAUUAUUUUUUGCAUAUAUUCAUAGGUCAUUAAUGCCAUAUUUGUCAUAUUUAUGUUGCAUGUUUAUUACAUUUUUUCUCAAUUCAUUUAUUGUGCAACUGGAUAUCCAGUAAGUGACUUAAACUAGUCUAACUAGUGCUAAGCACCUCACCUAUGAUGUUAAACAGUGUAACUUAUGUUUUUUUUUUCCUUUAAUCCUUUAAGGAACAAUUUUUAUAAAUACUUGAGAAAGUAAUAGAAAUGGCUAACUGUCAAACUGCAAGUGUUGUUCAAGAGAAUGUGUAUUCACAUCUCAGUUUGUUGUAUGCUGUGGACUUUGCAAGAAUUUAUUACACCAUGUUAAGGACGUACUUACCAGCAUUAUUUAAGUUCCUGAACUUUUUUGAUGGAAUUUUGAUUUUGACUUGUGUGGCAUAUUAUAUGUUAACUUAGGCAAGUAUUUUAACCAUAAACAUUUUUCUUUGAAUACAAACAACAAAAACCCUAUGUUUUCAAGAGUAUUUUGGGUUUUUAUGUCUUUGAAACCCUAAGAAGUCUUCCUUGUUCAAACAACUGCUGUUAUCUACUAAAUAGUUGUGUGUCUGAUAAUCUUUAUACAUAAAAUAAUAUGUACAAUGGUUGGAAAAAAUGAACACAGGUUUGUAUGUCACUUUAAGUAAUUAUUUUAAACCCACUUGUUAGUGGGGUUGUUGAAUUCCAGACUGUUUCUAGUUUAAACUUUGUGAUUGCUUUUGGGUUUUUGUUUUUCCAUGAAACUGUUUUCAUGUCUCACUUGAUGGUAACCUCGAAGGGCCAUCAGGGUAACACACUUUCAAGUCUCUAUUUGAUACAAGCUGGUAUGGUUAGUCAUAAUUUACUUGUACUCUAUGUAUUAUCACAAUAUUUGUCAGUGAACGUGUUCAUGAUUUAAGUGUAAAGGUAUUGAUUCUUAUUCUGCCAGUUUAAACCUCAAAUACAUUUAAAAUUUUUGAUAGCAAAGUUGAAAUUCAACUCAUCUGUACAGCUAAAAUUAUAUGGGUGAGUGCCAACAGAAUUUUAUUGUUAGUUUAUGAAAUUUUGACUAAUAAUUAUGAUUUAGCAGUAAGUCACAUUUUAUGAAAUACUUGAAUGUGGAAUUUUAGGGUUACAGCCAUGACAACCUUUUCUGGGAGAACCAGGCCUACAGUAUGUUAAGUUAAUUUAGAAAUAAGUAUGACCACAUGUGAUAUACAGAAACUUUAGUCCAGUCAAUGAAUGCUCAAAAAAGGGGCAUAGAUAGUGAUAAAGUGAAUAGAACAAAUGUGGAACAUGUGUUAAUUUUGUAUAGAGUGGUCUUUUCGCUAGGAUGCAUAGUUUUCGAAAUAAAAACGAAAAACAGAAGAAAGGGACCUUAUACAUACCCCUACUCACCUUCUAGGAGUAGGGAUUUUCAGUAUGUUUACCUCCUAACAAGUCUAAAUAAACUAAGUCCCAAUGUCAAAAAUUGUGUUCCUUCCAGUUCUCUCUACAACCUUUCAUUGACUGGACUAGUUUAUAUUUGUGCAAACUAAAAUAUUUUCAGUGAAAAUGCUCAGCAUAAAGUGUGAAGAGAUUUUUUGUUAAAAAUUAUGUUUACCAUAACAAAUGAGUCAUCCAAUCUACAUUGUUGUAGUUGACAGGAAAUAUUUAAUUGUAAUACUUUGAUACAUAGCAAAUUAAAAAUUUUAAUUUAUUAGUUAAAAUAAGAUACCUUUAAUAAGCGCUGUACUGUGUGUUUUCCGUGCUAUUUUCUUGGACAAUAUUCUGUUAGGCCUUGUACAUACUUUGUUUGUGUGAAGUCACAAGCAAAUUUUCCUUUUGAAGAAUGUUUUUUAGACUAUUCUCCUUAUCCAAAGAAAGUUUUUUGAUUAUAAAUUUUUAAAAGCUAAUUAGAUAAUUUAAAAAGAAAAAAAAUACAGUUUUUACCUUCUUAAGCAUAUCCACUUAAAAUUCCUUAUUAUUUAUAUUAAGUCUCUCAUCUCUUAUGUUGGAUGAUUUGUUGCAAAUAGUUAACACAAUGUUUUUUUAAUCAUUAUUUAUUAAAAAUGUAAUUGAACUUGAGUACUAGUGGCCUUCAGAUAAGAGACUUUAUUUCCAAUGUGUAUGAACGAGGAUUUGAAUGAAAAUUUAUGUGGGUGUAAUAAACAUUAAUUUAGAUUCAGUUUUAUAUAUAGGAUGACUCUGAAUGUGAACGACAAACUUUGGCCGUAGGUUCGUCACAGCAAAAGCUGGAGCUGAACAACAUUUUUAUUGUAAAGGGUAGAAAAGAGGUAUUUAAGGAUAGAACACUCUGCGUCUGGAUUAUGUUUAAUUGAAGUUCAACAACCACUGCAAAUUUUAUCGCUGUUGCAAAAUUAUUCCAUUGAAUUUAUUGGGGGUAGUAACACAUCAUAAACGUAUGUGGAAGAUAUAGGUAUUACCCUAAAUUAUUUCAAUUAAAACUUUGAAGACGUAUACCAGCAUUGAGAAGCACUUUAGACCAUAAGUCGUAUUUAAUGCAGCUGACAUUUGACGGUGUAAUUCCGACUCAUUCUAUAUAAUCCUCUCGGACUUGUGAGAAACAUAUUUACAUAUCUCUUUCGUAAUGAAAAUAAAGGAUACUAAUAUAUAGUAAAUAAAUAACGAUGUUUGGCCAUGUAAGCAUUUUAUGCUAUAGUUUUUUUCCAGCAUUGCAUCACUUCUCGAUGCCAAUAGUCUACGGAUGACCGUAACCAGUAAUAGUCCAAGUAUAGAAAAAAAAUUACCAGCAAGCAAAUAUAUCUGAUUUAUAAUCAAAAACUGAUGAGGUGUGUUUCAUACAAAUUCAUAAAAAUAUUAGGAAACAUUAGAUAGACCAGAAUGAUAUGUUAUUAUUGCAAGAAAGUUUUAAGGUCUCCUGCAGACUCCUGAAGUUAAGGUAACAUUUCUUUCUUUAUAGUAUACUUCUUUUUAACUUUUUUUUGGACUCAACAAAAAGUCAUUAAAAAUAUUUUAAAAAAUUUUGACUCAUAAUGAAAAGUAAGUUAAGAAAACUCACGGGUUUUACAUGUUGGAUAUAAAACUAUAGAAAUAAGUUUUCUAUGUUUCAAAUGCCACUGCUGACAAUUAGAGGCAUAUAAAUUACAUUUGUCUUGAAUAUUUCAACUUCAACUGUAUGUCAAACCGAAUUAUACGUACUCUCCCUACAUCCAGACACAUUUUCUCCGAUAUAGUUCAACUGAGUGCUUUAAAGGACCGGGUGUUAUGCAGGAAAGGGCUAGUCUAAUAAUUAAGAAAACUCAUAUUAGUUAUUGGGAGUUUGUCAUCUUGAAUUAAAGAUCAUGGAUAUACUUCCAAGCCUGCGUUUCCAUAUUCUAGCCAUCAGCUUUUAAAAAUUAUGUUCUAAGUGGUGGUAGGAAAGCAUAAUUACUUGCAUGGCCUUUAUCUGAAAAACAUUGCACAAAGUGGAAAGACUCUGUACUACGUAAUCUCAAUGUGGCUGCAUGUAAAUAACUCUCCUCGCAGCCGGUCUUGUUUCCUGUAUUGCCACGCUAGUUCCUGCAUGUUUCUCUUUCUGUGUGACCAGUGAUCAUAUUUUCUGCUGUCUCCUUCAGUCUUUGUUGUCUGCAUGCCCAGUUGUAUUUUUGUUACCUUUUUCUUUCGGCUUCUCAGUUACCACUAUUCUUUAAACUACUCCCUCCAAAACCUUUUGACAAAUAUUUUCCUUUCACACAGUGCACAAUCUAGUUUUUAUAUUUUUUAAAUAUUACUUUUACAGUGUUAUUUUCACUCCUAGCCUGUUUAAUGAGGUAAAUUUUGUUCCCACCAGUGCAGUAUAUCAAAUGUUCAUUAACUGCUAGGUGGGUUAGUUGCCAAGUGGUGCAAGUCCAAAAUGCAAAGUUUCCGGGAAGAUAAUUCAAAUUAAGUAGCUCUCUAUGACGUCCGGGAAAAUAAUUCAAAUUGAGUAGCUCUCUAUUAAGUCCGGGAAAAUAAUACAAAUUGAGUAGCUCUCUAUGAAGUCUGGGAAGAUAUUCAAAUUGAGUAGCUCUCUAUGAAGUCCGGGAAAAUAAUUUAAAUAUAGAAGCUCUUUAUAAAGUCCGGGAAGAUAAUUCAAAUAAAGUAGCUCUCUAUGAAGUCCGGGAAAAUAAUUCAAAUUGAGUAGCUCUCUAUGAAGUCCGGGAAGAUAUUCAAAUUGAGUAGCUCUCUAUGAAGUCCGGGAAAAUAAUUUAAAUAUAGAAGCUCUCUAUAAAGUCCGGGAAGAUAAUUCAAAUUGAGUAGCUCUCUAUAAAGUCCGGGAAGAUAAUUCAAAUUGAGUAGCUCUCUAUGAAGUCCGGGAAAAUAAUUCAAAUUGAGUAGCUCUCUAUAAAGUCCGGGAAAAUAAUACAAAUUGAGUAGCUCUCUAUGAAGUCCGGGAAGAUUAUUCAAAUUGAGUAGCUCUCUAUGAAGUCCGGGAAAAUAAUUUAAAUUGAGUAGCUCUUAUAAAGUCCGGGAAGAUAAUUCAAAUUGAGUAGCUCUCUAUGAAGUCAGGGAAGAUAAUUCAAAUUGAGUAGCUCUCUAUGAAGUCCGGGAAAAGAAUUCAAAUUGAGUAGCUCUCUAUGAAGUCCGGGAAGAUUAUUCAAAUUGAGUAGCUCUCUAUGAAGUCCGGGGAAAUAGUUUAAAUUGAGAAGCUCUCUAUAAAGUCCGGGAAGAUAAUUCAAAUUGAGUAGCUCUCUAUGAAGUCUGGGAAAAUAAUUCAAAUUGAGUAGCUCUCUAUGAAGUCUGGGAAAAUAAUUCAAAUUGAGUAGCUCUCUAUGAAGUCCGGGAAAAUGAUUCAAAUUGAGUAGCUCUGUAUGAAGUCCGGGAAAAUAAUUCAAAUUGAGUAGCUCUCUAUGAAGUCCGGGAAAAUGAUUCAAAUUGAGUAGCUCGCUAUGAAGUCCGGGAAAAUAAUACAAAUUGAGUAGCUCUCUAUGAAGUCCGGGAAGAUUAUUCAAAUUGAGUAGCUCUCUAUGAAGUCCGGGGAAAUAAUUCAAAUUGAGUAGCUCUCUAUGAAGUCCGGGAAGAUAAUUCAAAUGAGUAGCUCUCUAUGAAGUCAGGGAAGAUAAUUCAAAUUGAAUAGCUCUCUAUGAAGUCAGGGAAAAUAAUUCAAAUUGAGUAGCUCUCUAUGAAGUCCGGGAUAAUAAUACAAAUUGAGUAGCUCUCUAUGAAGUCCGGGAAGAUAAUUCAAAUUGAGUAGCUCUCUAUGAAGUCAGGGGAAAUAAUUUAAAUUGAGUAGCUCUCUAUGAAGUCCGGGAAGAUAAUUCAAAUUGAGUAGCUCUCUAUGAAGUCAGGGAAUAGUUUUCAAGUACACAAUGUGAUGCAAAAUGUUGUGGAUCAGAACCCACAGCUCUUGGCCAGUUUAUGGCUCUCACUGCCUAGUAUUUAACAGGGUUGUUAGUCCAUUUUGAGUUUUUGUGACUUACAUCACUUGCCAAAAAUUCCACCCUGUUUUAGUGCAGGAAUGUUCAAGUAGUAGUAGUAGUAUUAGUAGUAGUAUUUGGUAAAGUUUGGGCAUAGACACUGAUUUGACUCUGAUGUUUUAAGUGUUUGUAGGUAAUAAAAUGUAAUUUUGAUAAUUAUCUGCACAUUAACAAACUUUGCUAGAAAAUGUUGUGAGGAAUGUUUGAAAUUCAGUUUAUGUGCAUUAAACAUGGUGGGUUCCAAAUGAAUUGCUUAGUAUAUGUUUACCUAAACAAAACUUUGUUUGAAAUAUGCUGUGUAUGUAUGUGUAGAUUUGUAAUGUUUAAACACAAUGUCUGUAUACUUUAAAAACUUAAAGAUAUGUAUUUAUAAUUUCUUGAUUGGCUGCUUUAGUUUGUUUAAAUUUAAUACUUUACUUGUAUACUGUAUGAACACUGUAUGAACAUGUUUUGUAAAUUAGUAAACAUGUGCAGUAAAACAAAUUGCACUUCAUUAGUAAGUUUGUAACAUGAUACAACUGACUUGCAGCUUAAUAUGAAGUGUCAUAUAAUUUUUCAAGUUAUAUAAAGUAAUAUAAUAUGUGUUACUUAUACUAGUAAUGUACAUGCAUUGAGUAUAGCAUAUUAUGUUUAUCUUUUGCAUGUAUCUUAACCAUCUGAUUUUAAUGUAGUAUAAACAAAACUUGUAUACAUUUCAAUUUAUUGUUUUAAUGAAGUCAUGAUUUAAAUAUUUUAUUUUGUUGACAAAUUAUUUACGCCAGUGAUUGUUAAAUACUGCUUCUUUCAUAGUUGUAAAGUUCUGCUAGUUGUUUUUUUUCUUUGUUCCCUAUUUUUACGGUUUUAUCUCUUACUUUAAAAAGUGACAGUGUUGAUAAAUGAAGGCUAGGCAGAGUUUGUUGAAGUUUGAUGUAAGUGAUAAUUCUUUUAAUACUAUGUAUUUUCCAUUUAAAUACAUGUUUGCAAAAUUGAAGUGGUAUUCAGCAUAUGUGGAUGUAUUAAUAAAGUUACUGGCAUAUUGCUGGUGGACUGGGUGGUUUUUAAUGGCGUAUUAAAGCUCUCUAAAACCCAGAAAUUAAGAAAUAACAUGUAACUUCUAAGUUUUUGGUUUUUGAUUCUGAAAGUUUUUUUUUUAAGGCUGUGAAGUUUACAUUUGAGAAAAGCAUAAUGCUGAGCUGUUGUUGACAUAACUAUAUAUAGCUCUAUCGCACACAAUGUAUUAUUGCCUUGUGCAUUGACAAACUGUGUUGCUAGAGGAUAACAAUUAAUGACUUAAUAAUGCUUAGUAAAAUUUUAAAACUGCUGUGUGCUAAGUAAAUUGAGCUUAAGAUUUUUAUAGCAAAAAUGUGUGAUUUGUUUUGAAAUAUUAUUUGUUCAUACUUAUUUGCAUGAUUCAUGGUCUAUCAGCUAGUGGUAUUCAAAGAUUCUGAAAGCUGUAUACUGAAUGUAAAUUUAUAGACUUUGGCUUGAAUUUGUAUCCCAGUAAUUAUCUUAAAAGUAUUUAUCAGUUUGUUUAACCCCCAAAAAAUUUGUUUGGGUAUUGCAAAUAAGUCAGACCAUGAUGAAUGGCAGACACAUACUUAUUUUACUUAAGUAAUUUUAUCAGGUACAUACAAAUAUUUAUUUUGAAAACUAUAAUAUGUAUAAGCAAUAGCAACUUUCAAUUGUACUCUUGAUAAAAAUUAAGAUUCUCGGGAAUGGUAGCCAACAUCACCAGGACAUUGUUAAAUUUGUAAGACUACAUAGAGCAAUAUUAAAAAAAAACAUAAAGAAUUGGCAGACCACUUAUUACAUUUUUCUCUCAUGGUAUGCUCUGUUAGCAAUAUUUGCCAAUGCAGAAAAAAAAUUAGUGUUACCAUAUCAAGGCCCAUGUUUAAACAUUGUAAGGAAUUGAACCAGGUGGAGUUGUAUAACAUUGAAAAAUUACUAAACCUAGCAAUUUCAUUACCAGUUCAAUGUAUCAAGUUUUUGUAAAUAAUUAGGUGGGUUAGUUGCCAGGUAUUGUAAGUCAAAAAUAUAAUGAUUUUUGAAAAAAGAAUUUAAAGUUGGCAACUCUCUAUAUAUUCAGGUAAUAUUUUUUUAAGUACAUAAUGUGAUGUAAAUUGUAAUUAAAUAUAACCUAUACCUACCUAAAAUUAAAUAGUGAUGUUCUUUUUUUUUGUGACUUGCCAACUAACCCAUCCAAUUGAAUGCCAAGUAGCUGCAUUUAGACAUUUCAAUGUUUUUACUCAAGAAUAUGAUGUAGGCAACCAUUAAAUUAUGGUUAAUUUGUUAGUUAUUUGUAUACAAUUCUAAUUCAAGAAUUAUAUUUUUAUUUUUGAAGUUGAAUCCAUUAAACACACAGGAAUCCAAAUUACAAUGCCUUAUGUUAGUGACAAUGUUUUUAUGCAAAAAUAUUUGGUGGUAAAUAGUUCUGUUUGUAGUUAUUACAAUAUGUGUAUAUAAUAU